GGGGUUUCGAGAGAAAGACUAGACCUAGAGGUGAAAAUGGCGUCUCUAUGGAAAACCUUCUCCGGUGUAAGGCCUAAAUUAUGGUCUUGUAGUCAACUAACAUGUCGUACUUUAGCAGUUUCGUCGAGUUCUAGGGCUGCUGCCAAUCCAACUGAAACUCAGAUUGAGGAGAUCAAGGAAAAAACGAUGGAUAUCUCAACCAUUUCUGGUAUUCCAGAGGAGCACAUAAAGACCAGAAGAGUCCGCAUCUUUAUACCGACCAAGCAUGCUAUGCAGUCAGGUACCAACAACAUCCAGCGAUGGACCCUGGAGUUUGACACCAGAGAGAGAUGGGAGAACCCCCUUAUGGGUUGGGGAUCCACGGCUGAUCCACUAUCCAACGUUGACGUUUCAUUUAGGACAAAGGAAGAGGCAAUGAGAUUUGCAGAAAAGAAUGGAUGGAAAUAUGAGGUUAUGGAACCCCAGGUCUCCAAACCGCGAGCCAAGAGCUAUGGAGCCAACUUCUCAUGGGAUAAGAAGACAAGGGUUACCACCAAAUGAGUUUUAGAUGAUUGGAUUUUAGAUGUCUUGUUUUCAGAAAGUGUUUUAUUGCAAAGGGCAACAGGACCAUAUUUGUGUUCAAAGUUGACUAAGGCACUGUCAAAUAUCACAUUGAAUCUUACAAAAGUUCUAUUUAUUAACUUUCAUCUAUGUCGAAAGAUAAUAGACGAAGCCUUAUAGACAUAUUUUUAUGUCCAUUGUUAUCACAGAAAAUGUAGUAAAUGACAGUGAAGCUUGUACCUAAACCAGUUUUAUGAUUGAGCCUACAUAGAGGCUUGAUGACGAAACUCAAAUAUAGUUUUCCAGCAUACUUUCCCACAAAUAUGUAGUUUGUUUACAAAUAAUUGAUACAUCCCUUAUUUUAGUUGUUUACCCAAGAAAAAACAUUCUUUAUGAAUUCUUUCUUGGCAUAAAAAGAAGAGUAACGAUAAACACCAUUUUAUCUUCUUCUUUUGAGAGGUUUAUAAGUGGAAAGCAUAUGCUUGUGAUACAUUGGGUUGCACCAACCAUUUUUUGUUUAGAAGGAAAAAAAAGAGAACCUUUAUAUGAACAAUCACUUUUGAUUGCGUAAUAAUUUGGAUUGACAAUUCAAAGCAGGAACUUGGGGAGAAUGAAGUACAUUUACAUUAUAAAGUAUAUACAAUUUGCAACCACGUUGUCCCAUGGAUGAUGUUAUUGAAUUCAUAGUUAAAGCUGGAGUCUAGUUAUACUUACUCGUCCUACUAAAUUGAUAUUGAGAUGUGUUGAAUUCAGUGCCCAAGUGAUCAGAAAAGUGAAAACAAAUGCCAUUUUCCAACCCUGAAUGGGAGUCGACCCAUUUCAUCAACAAAUUGUAACAUAUAGCCUAUAUUAUGAAUUGUAUGCGAUACACAUGUAUGAUGCUUUAUUUUAUGACAUUAAAGUAUCAUUGUGUGGUAUCACUCAAA